ACACGCAGUUGCGGAUCGGCUUGUAAUUUUUUUCUAGACUAGCGACACGAGCGACACAAAGAUGGACUGGAAGUGUUUGGUGAUUAGUGUGCUCUUUGCAUUUUUCGUUGAUGCUCAGGAAAAAUUAAAAUUAUGCGUACAAGAAGAUGUUACGGAGACGUCGUGCAAUGCACUAUCACGUUUGGACAGUCCAAUAAAGUGUGAACGAGUAGUGGACAGUGCCGAGUGCGCAAGAAAACUUGCCGAAGGCAGAGCUGAUUUUGGUAUAUUUACGGCGGACGAACUUUUGCUUGCUCAUAAUUUUUAUCCAACUGGAAUCAACGUGGUUGCUGAGCUGAGGAACAAAGAAAAAAUUGAUAAGUCGUUUGAGUUUGAAUCUGUGGUUGUGAUACGAAGGAACUUCACUCAGAAAGGAGAGGAUUUGGGUUUGGUUGGAUCGACUUACUGUCAUCCUGGUUUCAGCAAAUCACAGUUGUGGAACGAUCACGUGUUAAAGUACUUUGAGAAAAAAGUUGUCAGCAAAGUUUGCCGGAAAGAUGUAACCACAGCUGAAAAUGAAAUCAUCAAUCUGAGAGAUUUUUUCAAAAAAGGCUGUCGUCCUGGAAAUUGGGUUCCUGAUGAUACUUUAGAUAAGAAGCUGAAAAAAAAAUACCAUCAGCUAUGUCAAUUAUGUCCUGAUCAAGAAAAGUGCAAGUACACUUUACCUGAAAAUCAUGGACAUACAAAUGCAUUGGAUUGUCUGACAUCCGGACAAGGGAGUAUUGCAUACGUUUCCCUGGAUCAUGUUAGAACUUACUUUUCGCCCGAACACCCCAUAAAAAAUGUUUGGGACUAUCAAUUUUUUUGUGAAAAUGGCUCCAGAAUGGAUCUCGAUUCUGACAAUCCUUGCACUUGGUACAAACAACCUUGGAAGGUCAUUCUGGCUAGAGAAACAUCAGCUGAAGAAGUCGUAAGUAAAUUGGAGAAAACAGCGAUAGUGACAUUGGCCGCAGUGCCAUGGGAAAAGACUCUUAACGACAUCCUAUUCAGCAAUGACGAUUCGCCGGUCGUUUACAAGGAGCCCGUGUCACCGAUUCACCAUCUCCUCCAAGCCAAAGGUACGGUCGAGCUGCCAAAAUCCGAUUGCGGUCAACCGAUUCGCUGGUGCACAGUGAACAAGCAAGAGCUGAUCAAGUGCAAUUGGACAGCCGCGGCGGCUCGGAGCUUGGGAAUACAACCGGACAUCUCGUGCAUGAUGGCUUUGUCACCCUUCGAGUGCUUCGAUUGGAUAGCCAACAACGACACUGACAUCAUGGCCGUGGACUCGAACUACGGACUUUUGGCCCGAAAGAAUUACGGUCUAACAGCGCUGCUGUACUGCGAAACCAUGGAGGACCACUACAGCGUCGUGGUCGCUGUUACUCGGGACAAGGCGGUUUUGAAUAAAAUCAGUCAGUGGUCCGACAUCAAGGACAAAAACGCCUGUUUUCCCGAAUUCGGUGGCAUAGCUUGGCUGAGUUUCAUCAACGCAGCGCGCGAUCAUCGUAUUUUACCCGACUCUUGUGCUUACACUCGGGUCGUGUCGAAACUUCUCAAGGGCGCCUGUACGCCGGGCUUUGUCGAAGCCGAUCAUGCCCAGGAUCACAAGAGACCUAGUCUUGCCACCGAUGGAUUCGCUAACUUGUGCAACUUGUGCCCUGCCCAAACAAAUGGAGAGCGUUGCGAGGCCAAUUCGAUGAAUAAGUAUUACGGGGACAAGGGUGCUUUGGACUGUUUGAAAUCCGGUGAUGGAGAUAUCGCGUUCGUAGAAGUAAGGAACUUAAAUGGUCAGUAUAUAUUAUAUGGUACUUAA